AAUGUUCAAGAUGACGAGGUUGUAAUUUGGGUUGAUCCAUUAGAUGGAACAGCUGAAUAUACACAAGGAUUUUUAGAUCAUGUAACAGUGUUAAUAGGAGUAGCAGUAAAAGGAACAGCUGUAGGGGGUGUAAUCUAUCAGCCAUAUUAUAAUUAUCAAGCACCACCAGAAGUCAAGAGAGGAAGAUGUAUUUGGGGUGUUGUAGGUUUAGGUAGUUUUGGUUUUACGAAGACGACGCCACCAGAAGGUCAGAAUAUUAUAACAACAACUAGAUCACAUUCAAAUAGAAUCGUCACGGAAUCUGUUGAAGCUUGUCAACCUACUGAAAUAGUUCGAGUUGGUGGAGCAGGUCAUAAGGUGUUACUAUUAAUAGAAGGUAAAGUACAUGCUUACGUAUUUGGUAGUCCUGGUUGUAAGAAAUGGGAUACAUGUGCACCAGAAGCUGUCCUUCAUGCCGUCGGUGGAACCCUGACAGACAUGCACGGAAAUCCAAUAAAGUACCAUAAAGGUGUACAGAAACGAAAUUCUGGAGGUGUAUUAGCUACCCUUAGUAAUCAUAAAUGGUAUGCCGAAAGAAUACCGGAACAUGUCAAAGAAUGUUUAGUGCUAGAUGUAGAGAAACCAUCAAACAUGUAAAAUAGUCAAUCAGAGUUCUUUCCCUUGCUCAUUCUAUAUUUUAAUGCCAGUUGAGGGGGGGAGGUCAUAUGCGCACGGUAAAUUCAUCUGUCAGGAAUUCUGGACUAGGGUUACGUAACCCAAACGCUAACCCUUGUGGUAUAUAACUCGGUGUUUGAGAGUUUCCAACCUCCCCGGGGGAUAGGAUAGCCGAUUGCUUUAACAUGUGCAUCAUAAGGUCUGUCAUUGAGUCAGCUGAUGUGGUUUCGAUUCUCGCUUGUACAUGACAAGGAGUAGGGUCGCCUUCUAUAUGUUAGUCUCAAAAUGACCUAGUUUGUGUUGAGUGGACGUUAAACCCCAUUUCUCUCUCUCUCUCUCUCUCUGACCUCCCCAACUGGCCUAAAAAUAGACUGUGGCAAUAUUAGAAUGAUUUCUACCUAUAUAUAUAUAUCAGCAUUUAUACAAUAGUUAGACAUACAACACCAGAUGCUCAACUCAAAUUAACGAGUUUUCAUCACAUAUUUUUUUUUAUUUCUCAGAUAGAAAAUAUUGAAAAUCAAUAAUUUAUCGUAAUCAAUAUUAUAAUUAGAGCAAGGAUGAUCUCUUGUAAAACUUGAAUGAGAACCAUCUUAACUCUGAUGGUUCAUGGUUCGAAACUAGUCUCGCUAGCGCCUCUAGCGUCCGAGUCACAUUAAUAGCUGUGAAUUAUUUAAAGACUGUAUCAUGGUUCAGUGACAAUGGUUGUUUGAGACACUCUGUGCAUCGGUAGUUUCAGAACUACAAAACUCAAUUAAAAAAAGCAAAACAAACUUUUCUCUUAAAUUUUUAAGGGUAGUCAAUGUUAACAUGUACCCAGUCUUAAAGGGUUAACUGGGGGUAGUCUAUAUUUACAUGUACAAAGAGCUAAAGGGUUAACUUUCAGGACCAAAGUCUAAUUUAGGAGCAUCUCUAAUUUAAGCCUAGGGACGCGAAAGUCUCACGCACAGGUUUACUAAAAUUUACCCCAUAGUCUGCCCAUGGUAGCAUGUACAGUGAGCUAGACUUUAAGAGCAUCUCUAAUUAAAUUAUUAAAUUAUAAAGUAGAUGACAGAUGUUCUACAAAUCUUACUUGAUAUUAAUAUAAUGUAAUAAUGGCUGAUUUCAUACUCAGAUAUAAACAAUAGGAACCUCAUGCUUAUUCCAUUGCCUGUUACGAGUUUUAUUUCCAGGAAACUGCUUUAAGUGACAGUCGUCGAUCCUGAGUCAAAUUGCUUCACUCUAAGCGGAGAAAACCAUAUUUUAAAAAUCACUGUAGUCUUGAUUAACCAAUGUCUCGAUUAUCCAUUUUUGCGUUUAAUCACGAACAGACGUUGAACAGCAGAUAAAGAGCUGGCGGUUAAAAACUAGAUAAUAUAAGACAUAUGCUAAACAUUUUAGUCAAAUUGCUUCACUCAAAGUCGAGAAACCCUUAUUUUAAAAAUCAAUGUAGCCUUGAUUAUCAUUGUUACCGCUAUCACGAUAAUUAACAAAGUCUCGAUUAUCCAUUUUUGCGUUAAAUCCAAUACAUAAUCUCCAGACUUCGAUUCCAACAGAUUGAAAAGGGACCCAUCCAAAUAGUUUAACCAAUCUGAUUAAAAUACAGAUCUAUAUUUCGUUUCGGUUUUUUUAUACUUUCGAUGGCCUACACUACAUGAAGAUCUGACCAGUUGUACUGGAAGGUCAAAUCAGGGUCAUACAAACAGCUUGAUUAAUCAAUCAGUGUUGACGUUUCUAGGGGUUUACCCACAGUUCCGUGCAGAGCAUGCCAAGAACUUUCUGUAACAGACCGUUUCAUUGUCUAAUUCCUUACAUCAACUAGAACUCCUGUUAUAUAACAACUCUUCCAGAUCACAGGUAACUAUAAAAAACGAAACGAUAUAGGAUCUGUGUUUAAUCAGAUUAAGGGUUUAACCCAGCACUUUUAGGUGGCUUGUUUAUAUCAUCUAUAGAGUACAGUUUUUUUUUUAUAUUGAACCACUUUUCAAUUGGUAUUCAUUUUAGAGAUUCAUUGUUCAAUAUAAAAUUCACCAGUUUAAAAUCGUAAUAAUAUUCCUGCAAAUAGUAGUGUGGUCUGGUUUCAUCCAACUGUCAUUAUGACCAGAUGUGCUCAAAUUGUGGCAUAGUUUCGAUGUAACAAGGAUUAGGGUCGCCUGUCCAACCUCAUGGGUUUUCUCCAGGUCCUCCGGUUUCCUCCCACUGCUAAACUUUACCCGUCGAGUGGACGUUAAACCCCAUUUCUCUCCCCCUCUCUGUCUUCUCUCAAAAUAAUUCAUCAGAUCUACCUAUUUCAUCACUUACACCUAAAUAAAAGAGGUCCACCUACUUUAAUGUCUUAUUGUAAAUGUCAUUGUUUUUUUCUUUUUUAUUGCAAUCUGAUUAAAAUACAGAUCUAUAUUUCGUUCCGUUUUUUAUACAUUCGAUGACCUACACUACAUGAAGAUCUGAGCGUUUGUACUGUACGAGCGUUUUUUGACCCUAUGAUGUCAGACAUUGAUUAAUCAGUGUUGAAGUUUCUAGUGGUUUACCCACAGUUCUGUGCAUGGCAUGCCAAGAACUCGCUGUAAUAGAACGUUUCAUUGGUUAAUUCCUCACAUCAACUGGAACGCCUGUUAUUUAACAACUCUUCCAGAUCUUAGUGUUGUGAAGACAAGUAAAACGAAAUUUUGAACUAUAAAAAAUGUAAAAAAUCUGUAAGUAGGCGAACAGCCUUUUCAGAUUUCUCUCAGCUACUAGUUUCGUUCUUAUUCGAACUCUUCAGGCUUAAAUGAGGAUGUGCGGUGGCCCUCUAUAUAUGGUGUCGGUGGGCACCGGAGCACAUGUGAUGUCACAGAUGGACCGGAGUCAAUCAUUACCAGAGUCGAUUAUUCCGAAAAGUGUGCAAAGUUUUUUGGCUAAGAAAUUUGCCUUCAUGAUUAUGCUUAUUUGCAUUGACUCAAGUCUCCUUACCCUUUUGAACUUUAAGUUUAAAGUUUUCUAAACUAACGAGGGCUUAAAAAUAACUCUAUUAGGUUAUGGGCGUGUAUGCACUAAUUUUUUUAUUAGUUAUCGUUGCGGGGCUACAAAAUAGGAUCUGUGUUUUAAUUAAAUUGUUUUUAUUGUAACCAUGUUUCUGUUCUGAUAUGUGUAUAUACAUUAUAUGCCAAAAGUAUAUGAAAUAUAUAUGUUACAAAGUUUAUUUGUCAAAACAUACUGCUGAACUGUUUAUUACGGCUUGCGAUGUUUUGUAUACUUCAUAAAUUAAAACAUAUUUUACAUCUUUGUUUUAUCAUUGACUGGAUAAGCUACGCCUUGUUUUAUAUAAAUUUGAUUAAAAGCUAUAUACCUCAAUUUUUUGUUGAAUUAUUAACGUGCUAGCCUACCCCCUAAAGCCUGUUUUCCUUGUGUACAUUUCGCCCGGCGAAAACGUUGGUCUAAUACAAAUUUAUUGGGACUGUUUCCAUGUAACCAGUGAAAACGCACACAGAAACAUCACAAAAACGCGUUCAUGGAAAACCUGUUUAAGAUUUUUGAAUUUGUAAAUGCAUUUAGUAACAGUAUAAGCUGUUUAAAGGGCACAGAGAUCUAUUCUUUGAUACCUUAAAGAUACAUUCCCACAAAAGUAUUUAAAGGGUAGUUAUUUCCAAUAAAGGAUGGUAUAUAUGGAAAGUCGACACACUCAAUCUAACUACAAAAUACACUGUAUUUCCUGAAAAACACCCAGACUUCCGUGAACAUUCAGAGAAUUGAACAUCAAGUAGACUUAACAAUUAAAUGGUGGUAAAAGAAGUUGAGAGAGGUUAAUUCAAGAAUUCCUAUUACUGAAUUUUAAUCAAACUUUGUUUCUACGAUUCUCUAUUCAGUCAUAGUUGUCACAAUAUAGUCCGUUUGGAGCUGACGUGCCAUUAAACAUUUCAUUUCUAUUCAGUCAUAGUUGUCAAUGCUCAUCUUUUUGUUCCUACUCAUUGCUUUUCAAUAAUCAUUGAUUUUAAACUUUUAAAUAUUGUUAAUUGUUAUGUAGAAUGUGAUCUUUUGUAAUUUGAAUAAAAAGACAAUAUUUUGUA